AUGAGGAGGAGGAAGGACCCUCCUGGCAGGAGUAGUGUGAUCUGCGUUUUUGCAGACAUCUUCAAGCAACAGGUUUCUGUCUGCGAGGACGCGUUGCUCUGGAAUGGGAUGAGACAGGACCUCACUAAUGUAACUCAGCAUGCAGCAGCCUCAAGUGCUGUGUUGUACAGACACUACAGCCCUUUUUCUGGUUUAACUUGUUCUGGUCAGAGUGAGGAAGAGAGGUGGUAUCAUGGAAAACUUGACAGAACAAUUGCAGAAGAACGUCUUCGACAAGCAGGAAAACCUGGAAGUUACCUUAUUCGAGAGAGUGAUCGGAGACCAGGUUCAUUUGUGCUUUCAUUCCUUAGUAAAACAAAUGUCAAUCAUUUUAGGAUUAUUGCCAUGUGUGGAGACUAUUACAUUGGUGGACGUCGUUUUGCUUCGCUCUCAGACCUAAUUGGUUAUUACAGUCAUGUGUCCUGUUUACUGAAAGGGGAAAAGCUCUUAUUUCCUGUAGCACCUCCAGAGCCUGUGGAAGACAGAAGGAGAGUUCGAGCAAUUCUACCUUACACCAAAGUGCCAGAAACAGAUGAAAUAAGUUUCCUUAAAGGAGACAUGUUUAUUGUCCAUAAUGAACUGGAAGAUGGCUGGAUGUGGGUUACAAACCUGCGGACAGAUGAACAAGGUCUUAUUGUAGAAGACCUGGUAGAAGAAGUGGGAAGAGAAGAAGAUCCACAUGAAGGCAAAAUAUGGUUCCAUGGGAAGAUCUCCAAACAAGAGGCUUACAAUUUGCUGAUGACAGUUGGUCAGGUGUGCAGUUUUCUUGUGAGGCCUUCAGAUAAUACACCCGGGGAUUAUUCACUUUAUUUUCGGACCAGUGAAAAUAUUCAGCGUUUUAAAAUAUGUCCAACAUCAAACAAUCAGUUCAUGAUGGGAGGCAGAUACUAUAAUAGUAUUGCUGACAUCAUUGAGCACUAUAGAAAAGAACAGAUUGUUGAAGGAUAUUACCUUAAAGAUCCCGUUCCAAUGCAG